UUUAUAUUAUUAAAAAUAUAAAUAUGUCUGAAUUGAUCCAUCACGACAAGGCUUUCCAGAAGCAAGAUAAUGUAUUCCUCAAUGGUAAAAACGUCCAAUCCAAGAAGAGCAAGAGCGGAGUCAGAUACUACAGAAAGAUCGGACUUGGUUUCAGAACUCCAAAGACUGCCAUCGAAGGAGACUACAUUGACAACAAGUGCCCAUUCACUGGUAUCCCAACCAUUAGAGGGAGAAUUUACAAGGGACUUGUCAUCUCUAACAAAAUGCAUAGAACCAUUGUCAUUAGAAGAGAUUACUUGCACUACAUUAGAAAGUUCAAGAGAUUCGAGAAGAGACACAAAUCCUUGAAGGCUCACUGCUCCCCAGCUUUCAGAGUUGAGCCAGGAGAUGUUGUUACUGUAGGACAAUGCAGACCACUCUCCAAAUGUGUUAGAUUCAACGUUGUUAGAGUUGAGCCAACCAAGGUCCAGGGUAACUUGAAGAAACAAUUUGUCAUGUUCUAAAAUCAACGAUAAGGACAACCUUCUCAAUAUUC